AUGUUGAAAAGAAUGUUGGAAAACAAAGUUUACAACAGGGAUGUAAAGGUAAAACAAGAAAAGAAGAAGUUUGACUUGACUAAGGAAAGCAAAGAAACCGAAAAUGAGAAAAUAGCAACUUUAAGAACAGCGGUAGAACCAUAUGAAUUCUAUUUACCAGUAGAAGGUAAAGAUGGAAUAUUGUUGAGUGGAUUGAUAGAUUCUGGAGCGACCAGAACCAUAGUCAAGAAAAGCACCGCAAUGAGAUAUGGAUUUAAUCAAAAUCUGCAAACUAUGACGAAGAUAGUUUUGGCAGAUGAAACGAUGAAGAAAGCUGUUGAAUAUUUUAAGACACAGUUUAAGAUAAUACCUGAUAUUUUAGUGAAUUGCAGUAUUGUAGUUGUAGAAGAUAGUGAGUUAAGUGAUAGUAAAUAUUCUUUAAUAAUAAGAAGUGAUUUAUUAAAGGCUACUGAAACUAUUUUAGAUUAUGGAAAUAAAACAAUAAUCAUGUGUGGCAGAGAGAUAUCACAUUUAACUGUGAGUAAAGAAAAAGAAAAUGAUAGAAUAAUAGCCAAAAGAGCUGCUAUAAACUCGGAAAAAAAGGUUGAAGAACUAAAGAAAGAAUUUAAGAAUGUGAUAAGUCAAAGUAAGGAUGACAUUGGAAGGUGUGAUAUAGAAGCUCCGAACUUUGAGAUGACGGACAAACAACCUCCAAAGAUUCCACGUUAUCCAGUACCUUUCAGUAAAAAAGAAGUUAUAAAAGAACAAAUUCAAUCAUGGCUUAAGGCAAAUGUUAUUGUUGAAGAUAAAUUUGUAAAAUGGAUAAUGAAUUUGGUAAUAACACCAAAGUCUGAUAAAACAGAUAGAGUAUGCUUGGAUAGCCGUCCGUUAAAUAGCAGGUUAAUUAGUUUUGAUUAUAAGACACCUACUUUAAAAGAUAAAGCAGAAAUAUUAAAUGGUGCAAUGUAUUACACAACGUUGGAUCUGGUACAAUAUUUCAGUCAAAUUUCAAUUGAUGAAAAAUCUAGUAAAUUUUUAGGGUUUAGAGCACCAGAUAAUACAACAUACAGAUUUGUAAGAUUACCGUUUGGAGUAAAACAUGCAACUGCUAUUGCACUAAGAAUUAUAAAUGUUGUUUUGCAGGAUAUAGAAGAAGCAUUCAGUUAUGUGGAUGAUAUAUGCAUAGCGACAAAAGGAAGUUUAGAACAUCAUUUUUCUAAGGUAAGAGAAGUGCUAGAGAGAUUGAGUCAACAUGGGUUAAAAAUAAAUUGGAAGAAAUGUCAAUUUGCAUGUGAAGAAAUUCAAUAUCUUGGAUUUUUGUUUUCAAGACAAGGACAAGAACCGAGUCCAAGUAGUACUGAAGCAAUCAAGAAUUUUCUACAACCAAAGAACUUGAGAAGUUUAAGACGUUUUUUAGGAAAGGUAAAUUUCUAUAAGACACACAUAGAAAAUUUGGCAAGAAUAGAGAUUCCUUUAACCAAUCUGCUGAAGAAGAAGAAUUCUCUCUUCGAAUGGAAUGAAGAGUGUGAGAAAAGUUUCUCACAGAUAAAGAAAGAGUUAAUGAAAACUUGUAGGCUAAUAAUGCCAGAUGAAAAGAAACCUUAUGUGAUACAUUGUGAUGCAAGUGGUAAUGCACAUGCAGCAGCACUAAUGCAAGAAAAUUCAAAAGGAGAAAGGAAUAUAGUGGCUGAUUGUUUAAGUAGAGCAUAUUUGAGAAGAAAUAAGGUUAAUGGUAAACAAAGUGAAACUUCAGAAGAAGAUGAAGAAGGUAAGGAGAGUUUCAAUGAAGAAACUUUAGUGGAAGAAAUAACAGAAGAGAAAACAAAACAAGAAUAUAUGGAAGCAGUUCAUACAAAUCUUGGACAUGGUUGUUUUAGUAAGUGUUAUCCAUUGUUGGUAAAAAGAGUUUAUUGGACAGGAAUGGAAGCUGAUUUGAAGCUUUUUAUAAAGCAAUGUAUUAAGUGCGUAAAAAGAAAUCCAGUAUACAAAUCAAAGUUACCAAUGAAAGCCAUAGAAGCUAGUUAUCCAUUGGAAAAGAUAACUAUAGACAUUAUGGGUCUGUUAAAGAAAAGUAGAAAUAACAAGACUCACAAAUUUGGAAUGGUAGAUGUUUUGAGUCGGUAUGUUAUGUUAGAAUCACUUGAAGAUUGCACGGCAGAAACGGUUAUGAAAGCGAUAAAAGAUGGUUUCUUUAAUCGUAUUGCGAUUCCAAAAGAAAUAAAGACAGACAAUGCUAAGUAUUUUGUAGCAAAAGAAAUGGAUCAAUUGAUGGAGAUGUUUGGUGUGACAUUAGAACAUACUGAACCAAGGCAUCAUGAAGAGUCGUCGAUAAUUGAAAGAACUUUUAGAUCAAUUCAAAAUAUGAUUGCGAAGUUGAUUGAAGAGGAUGAUUAUCUGGAUUGGGACAGUUUAUUGAAGCCAGUUAGUUAUUUCUAUAAUCAACAAAUACACUGCACAACACAGGAGUCUUCCCAUUCAAUAAUGUUUGGGUGA